UAUAUAAAGAAAUUUAAGAGUAUAAAGGGAUAUAAUAUAAAAGAUGUCUUUUUUAUGGAGAUUUUUUCGAAAUAUAGGUAUAUUUCAAGUAAAAUAUAAGGAGAAAAAUAGUGGAAUUUUUUUAUAUAAAAAGAAUGAAAUAGAAUAUAUAAGGAAUAUAAUUGGAAAAAAGGAUUUAUAUGUAUUUGAAAAAAGGCGAAAAAAUAUCAAAAAAUCAUAUUCAGAAAUAUUAAAUAUUUAUAAACAUAUAAAUUAUUUAAAAAAUAGAAUUGAGAAAGAGAUUUCAAGAGAUAGAAAGAUUAAACUGAAUGAAGGAGUAGGGGAGAUUAUUCCAAUUCUUGUUUCGCCGGAUGAAUUAUUUUUAAUAACAGAAAUAAUGUUAAAAACACCAGUAUCUAAAUCAAUCUUAGAAGAAAAAUUAAAUCUUUGUAAGUUUUCUAUUGAAAUAGCAUCAAUGAAAGAAAGUGAAUUGGCAAAUUUGUAUAUUGCGGAAAAAAAAAUGCAAUCAGGGAGGCCAGAUCAGAUAUAUCAAGCUUUACAUAUAUAUAAAACUCUUUGUAAGAAAGGAAAUGCAAAAGCAUUAUUAAUUCUUGGUGAUUUUGCUAUGAAAUUGAAAGAUACAGAGAGGGCAGAAAAAAAUUAUCUUAAAUCUAUUGAAAAAGGGAAUUCUGAUGCUAUGGUAGCUAUGGCAGUUCUUAAAAAACAAUUGGGAGAAGAAGCAGAAGCAAAACUUUGGUUUAUACGUGCAUCUGAAUUGAAUAAUCCUAAGGGACAUUUUGGAAGGUCAUUAUAUACAACACAUGAAGAAAGUUUAUAUUAUCUUUUACAAGCUGCAUCUAAUGGAAUUGUUGAAGCAGCUCAUAAUAUAGCUAAUAUAUACAGAAAACAGGGCAAUACAUUAUUUUCAAAAGAAUGGUUUGAAGUAGCAGCAUUUUCAGGAUUUCAAGCAAGUCAAAUAAACCUGGCAAGAUUAUAUGAACAGGAAGGAUUAUUUAAUAAAUCAUUAUUUUGGACAAGAGAAGCUCAAAAACAAGGAGGAAGUAUAGCAGAGGAUGCAAAACAAUAUGAAGAUAUAUUAUUAAAAAAGCAUCCUUAUUUAAAAUAACAAAACAAAUAGAUUGAUAUACAUUAUAAAAUAAUU